GAAGGGAAGAGAGAGAAAGUGGCUGCUUACAACGUGGAAGAGAUCGUAUAAAAUUGAGGCAGAAGAGAGAGAAAGCGGAACGGCUUAUUAACUCGAGCUGGAGGAGAAGUUUAUAAAAUUGAAAGACGAAGAGAGAGAAAUGGAGCUUAUCAAAUCGCUCAGUUGUUAGAGAGAGAUAGGGAGAAUGCUCAUGUGUUAGAGAGAAUUGCUCAUGUUAGAGAGAAAGAGAGAAUUGCUCAGGUGAUAGAGAGAGAAUCGCUCAGGUGAGAGAGAGAGCCAUUUUGGAUGCCUUCGGUCUCCUGAAUUAAGAGUUGUUUAUAAUCUUAUAGCAUUAACAUACUGUAUUUUGCGGCUUCUUCGAGGAAAAAAAUGGUGGAUCUGGGGUGGUUGAUAAGAGAGGUUUAUCGUGUUAAGGGGGGCAAUGGCGGUGAUUUCUGCUUUUUGCAGAAGCCGGUGGAGAGAGUGAUGGGGCCGUGGCGUUGAUGCCAUAGCUUUCCUAUGUGUGUGUGAGAGAGAGAGCUUUUGCAGAGGAGCUGAGCAAGUUGUAAUGGCGCACGCACCUUGGUCUCAGAGGCGUCGCCCUAGCGUUCGAGCUGUUGUUAUGCCCGCCAUCCCUACUCUGUCUUUCCUCUGUGUCCUUGUUCUCAUCAUGUUGGUUCUCUUCUCUCUCUUUGCUGGUUUCAUCAAUCUGGAACGACUUCCCCAUUCAUCUUCUCUCCAGAACUCUCUGGCGAGAAAUAAUGUAUUCCCCUCAAAUGCUGUGGAGGAUAAAUCGGGUCUUGUUCCAAGUGGAGGUCAUAGCAGGAAGAACGAUCUCUGGGUUUCGAGUCUCUCGAAGUUUUACUAUGGAUGCAGCAGUUCGAGUAAUAAAUUUUCAUCUGUUGAAGCGAACACACGUCCAAAUCGUUACUUACUGAUUGCGACUAGUGGAGGCUUAAAUCAACAACGGACAGGAAUAACUGAUGCAGUAGUUGCUGCUCGAAUAUUAAAUGCUACUCUUGUUGUUCCAAAGUUGGAUCAGAAGUCAUUCUGGAAGGAUUCUAGCGAUUUUGGCGAAAUCUUUGAUGUGGAUUGGUUCAUAUCUUUGCUGUCAAAUGAUGUGAGGAUCAUCAAGCAGCUCCCGAUGACGGGUAAAAAGCCAGUUGCAAACCCAUAUUCAAUGCGGGUCCCAAGGAAGUGCACUCCAAGGUGCUAUCACAAUCGUGUUCUACCGGUGCUUUUGAAAAAACAUGCGGUUCAACUCACUAAGUUCGACUACAGACUGGCGAACAAAUUAGACAGUGACCUGCAGAAGUUGAGAUGUAGAGUCAAUUAUCAUGCUCUGAGAUUUACAGAGUCAAUUUCAGAAAUGGGUCGCACUGUAGUCCAGAGAAUGCAGGAGAAAAACAAACAGUUUAUCGCCCUUCACCUAAGGUUCGAGCCUGAUAUGCUUGCUUUUUCGGGAUGCUAUUAUGGUGGGGGUGAAAAGGAAAGGAGAGAAUUAGGUGCAAUACGCAAGAGGUGGAAAACUUUGCAUACAAGAAACCCAGAUAAGGAAAGGAGGCAUGGAAAGUGCCCCCUCACUCCGCAAGAGGUGGGACUCAUGCUGAGGGCAUUGGGUUUUGGAAAUGAUGUUCACAUCUAUGUUGCAUCUGGUGAAGUAUAUGGUGGUGAGGAUACUUUAGCUCCUCUAAAAGAGUUCUUUCCAAAUUUUUACUCAAAAGAGAGAUUGCUCAGCAAAGAGGAGUUGAUGCCAUUUUCAUCAUUUUCUUCUCGCAUGGCUGCCCUCGAUUACAUUGUUUGUGAUGAAAGCAAUGUCUUUGUGACUAACAACAACGGGAACAUGGCUAGAAUGUUAGCUGGCCGUAGGAGAUACUUUGGACACAAGCGUACAAUUCGGCCAAAUGCUAGAAAACUGUAUUCUUUGUUCAUAAACCGUGCUAAUAUGACCUGGGAGGCCUUUGCCUCGAGGGUUCGAACUAGCCAAAAAGGUUUCAUGGGAGAACCUAAUGAAGUUAGGCCAGGUAGGGGUGAAUUCCAUGAGAACCCUUCAACUUGUAUAUGUGAACGGUCGGAGGCGAAGAAGAUGGCGAUUUUCAAUCAAAGACUCGGCAAGAUAGGUACCAGUAAAAGUGGAAAAACAAAUAUGAGCAAAGGUGUCGAACAAGAAGUGGACAUGCAAGUUGCAGAUGAUGAAGAAGAGAUGUCUGAUUUGGACUACACUGAUGAAGACGUCACACUUAGAGAAAAAGGAGAGUAUAAUGGAACAAAUUCAGAUUACGACAUCUUUUUCAAGUCAGAUGAACCGGAGUUGGAAGAUAUACUCUCUGAUUAGUGAUCUGGCGUCUUCUUUAACAAGCGUUCUUGCACUAAAUCCAUUCUUUCAUCAUUUUUUUGUUAGGCUUAAUUUGAGAAGCCUUAGUGGCAUUUUGUUUCUCUGACCACUGUCUCAGUGCUAUGCUCUUGUAGAUAUGCCUCAGCAACACUGUACAGCGGCUCUAUUUCUUUAAAGCCCCACCAAAAAUAUCAAGCAACAUUGACUGGAGUUGCUGAUCAUUGUGCCGAUAUAAAAUGCGCAUACUUGUUUGUGCAGUCCUUUUCUUACAUGGUUUCUCCAUGUGCACAUUUUGCAAUGUAAGUUGGCAAUUUUGUAAUUGCAUUUGGUGAGGAUUUUAUUUUUAA